GAUCCCCUCUUCCUGCGGUGGGUUUGGGACUGUGACGGCCAGAGCAUUGUUUCGCGCUUUGGAUUACAGAGAGAAAGGGAAAUCCUGCAACCGACGUUAGAAACGCCAGACCAGUAUAUCGCAAUUAAAAUCGGAAUCGGAUCUUUAAGAGAUGGGUAACAGAGAUGAUGAAUACGAUUUCUUGUUCAAAGUGGUGCUGAUUGGAGACUCUGGUGUUGGAAAGAGUAACCUGCUGUCCCGUUUCACACGGAAUGAGUUCAACCUGGAGAGCAAAAGCACCAUCGGUGUGGAGUUUGCCACCCGCAGCAUCCAGGUGGAUGGCAAGACGAUAAAGGCCCAGAUCUGGGAUACAGCUGGACAGGAGCGCUACCGAGCCAUCACCUCAGCGUACUACCGGGGGGCGGUCGGCGCUCUCCUAGUUUAUGACAUUGCCAAGCAUCUGACCUAUGAAAAUGUGGAGCGAUGGCUGAAGGAGCUCCGGGACCACGCCGAUAAUAACAUCGUCAUCAUGCUGGUGGGCAACAAGAGUGACCUGCGCCACCUCAGGGCUGUGCCCACAGACGAGGCUCGCGCAUUUGCAGAGAAGAACACACUAUCAUUUAUUGAGACAUCCGCUUUGGACUCCACUAAUGUAGAAGAGGCAUUCAAAAACAUCCUCACAGAGAUCUACCGAAUUGUAUCACAGAAGCAGAUAGCUGACAGAUCAGCACAUGAAGAAUCUCCAGGCAACAAUGUAGUGGAUAUCAGUGUUCCUCCCACCACCGAUGGGCAGAAAAACAAACUACCCUGCUGCCAAAGCCUGUGACCCUGCCACGCCUUUGACCCUGCCACGCCUUUGACCCACUCCGCUGAAUCCCCUCCACCUCCACCAUCACACUCUGAUUCUGUACCGCCCAUUUCCUCUUUGCUCCCAAAUGUGGCGUCGCCCUGUUCUCCUCUCCUUAUGUGUUCAAGCUUCCCUUUUCUUACUCUUGAACUCACAUGUGCUCUUCUGCCAUGAAGUGAAACUUAAAAAAAAAGCCUUUCUGUCACUUUGUCAGUCAUUCAUGGAUUCAAUGUUGGGGUUCCUUCAGUGUAGGAACAGGGAAGCUGUCUGUGAAAUUGAUUAGUCUGUACUUGGAAGUGCUGAAGUGAGUAUGCUGGACUCAAAAGAUUUGACCAACGACCACUAGAUGGUGCUGUGUAUAUAGCCACUCCCAGUUGCUCAUGAAUUAGGCAGUAUUAUUACAAUGGUAUAUGCAUUUUGUCAGUUAUCAUGCCAAAAAUGACCCGUGUAUUUAUUCAAAUAUAUUUGGCUCAUCUUUUCAUUGUUUUAUGUUCAAUAAGCACUGUAAGAAUUUACAAUAAACUCCUUGACAAAGUAAUAAUUUGAA